AUGGUGAAAGAGGCUACCCAAGCGCGGAUCCAACAAGUGUUGGAAGCGGAGAACGUGGAUCGAGGAUCACAGGAGGAUCAGGAGGUCGACCACCAAAAGACUUUGGGUCUGGAGGCGCCAGAUCCUACCGAGGUGGAUCCGCGUUGGAUCCAUGCCCAUCGAGCCUUAAGUACGCUCAAAGCCAAGAUCGCUACUACUCCGAUCCUACGGCACUUUGAUCCAGAUCGGAGGGCCACGGUUGUGGUAUAUGCUAGUGAUUGGGCCAUCUCGGGAUCACUGAUGCAGGAAUACGACCAGAUCUAUUACCCCUCGAUGUUUACUAGCCGCACUCUGAAGUCGAAUGAGCUAAACUAUGGCAUCGCGGAGACGGAGUGGGCUGCUCUGUUGUCGCCAUGGACUCUGGAAAUCACCAAAUGUGUCAAAGGAGAGGACGAGAUCUUAGGAUCAUUGGCGGCUAGUAUUACCCCUAGAUCCGAAAUGGAUAAAGAAUUGAUCUCUAUUGCCCCAAGAAAGGAGCCAAGACGCAAGAUCCAAGCCCCGAUCCCCACUAUUAGACGCGAGGAGGAGCUAUACGUCGUAUGUUUUGAUGGAUCUGUUCGUGUCAAGAGAGGUGGAGGCGCCUACAGAGCGAUCUUGUGGAGGCUGCCCGAAUGGAGGGUGCUGAAGGCUAGAUCUGGGUAUGCCGAAGGCUUGACGGUGAACGAGGCGGAAUACCAUGGACUGUUGCUAUGUUUGGAUCUAUUAGAAGAUCUGGAUCCGCGACGUCUGGUGAUCUGCAGAGACUCGAACCUGGUGAUCCGACAAGUACGAGGUGAGAUCGAUUGUAAGGCACCGGAUCUGACACUGUUACGCCAGCGGGCUUUGGACCGACUAUGUACUUGGCCAGAUCAUUAG